UGUCCAUAAUUAUGCCGAAGCCCGCAGCCCUCUUGUCUCAGCUAUGGAGUUUUACACCCAGAAAAGGAUAGGAGAUUGCCAUCGUAGAUUGUACACUGUACAUGCAUCCAUAAUCUAGUAUAUCAUCAUGCUAUCAGCUGACAAAGUCGCAAAUAUCUGAGAACCUCAUUUUCUGGGAUAUCAUCCCCACUCUCAAUCCCCAGUGAUCCACGUGAGAGCUCUUCCCACCGCCAUGGCCCUCACUCACUCUGUUCCUUCCUCCCUCUUCAAUGCCUCUCCUCCCUGCCUCUUCCCUCCCAAUUCCCACUUUCACUCCGCAUUUCUCUUCUCAUCCCCCAAGCGCAAGUGCUUUCCCUCCCUGCUUUCCCUCUCUGCUUCCGCCCCCAGGAUUUUCGUGGUGAAUGCCUGCGAUGAUCAAACUACGUUGGUCGACCCGCAGCCCCUCUCGGGUCGCUUCCACACAUCCAGAGGAUACCCCUUGCCGUUUGGGCCCACUCUUCGUGACGGUGGCGUUAAUUUUGCCAUUUAUUCUGCCAAUGCAACCUCCGUCACUCUCUGUUUGAUCACUCUCUCUGAUCUGCACCUUAAUAGGGUCACGGAGCACAUUCCUCUCGAUCCAUUGGUCAACAAGACUGGGGAUAUCUGGCAUGUAUUGCUGAAAGGCGAUUUCACAGAUAUGCUAUAUGGCUACAAACUUGGUGGACAGUUUUCUCCUGAAGAAGGACACUACUACGAUUCUUCUCGCAUAUUAUUGGAUCCUUAUGCAAAAGCAGUUAUAAGUAGAGCAGAGUUUGGUGCUUUAGGCCCUGAUGGUAAUUGCUGGCCUCAGAUGGCUGGUAUGAUUCCUUCUUCUUCUGAUGAGUUUGACUGGGAAGGAGAUUUACCUCUGAAAUAUCCACAAAAGGAUCUUAUUAUAUAUGAAAUGCAUGUGCGGGCCUUUACAAAGCAUGAGUCAAGCAGAACUGUAUUCCCUGGUACAUACCUUGGUGUAGUGGAGAAACUCGACCACCUGAAGGAACUUGGAGUCAAUUGUAUAGAAUUAAUGCCAUGUCAUGAGUUCAAUGAGUUGGAAUACUUCAGCUACAAUUCUUCACUUGGGGACUACAAGGUGAACUUUUGGGGCUAUUCAACGGUCAAUUACUUUUCACCAAUGAUUAGAUAUUCAUCUGCUGGUAUACAAAAUUGUGGCCGGGAUGGGAUCAAUGAAAUUAAGUUCCUUAUCAAAGAGGCACAUAAACGAGGAAUGGAGGUUGUAAUGGAUGUUGUUUUCAAUCACACAGCUGAAGGAAACGAGAAGGGUCCCAUAAUUUCUUUCCGAGGCAUUGACAAUAGUAUUUAUUACAUGCUCGCCCCCAAGGGGGAGUUCUAUAAUUAUUCAGGAUGUGGGAACACAUUCAAUUGCAACCAUCCUGUUGUACGGCAAUUUAUAGUGGACUGCUUAAGAUAUUGGGUAACAGAAAUGCAUGUAGAUGGUUUUCGCUUUGAUCUUGCUUCAAUUUUGACCAGAUGUAGCAGUCUCUGGGAUGGAGUUAAUGUUUUUGGUGCUCCGAUAGAUGCAGACUUGCUGACAACAGGAACUCCUCUUAGGAGCCCACCAUUGAUUGACCUUAUAAGCAAUGAUCCAAUACUUGGAAGAGUGAAGCUUAUAGCUGAAGCCUGGGAUACUGGUGGUUUGUACCAAGUCGGCACAUUCCCACACUGGGGUAUUUGGUCAGAAUGGAAUGGGAAGUACAGGGACACAGCGCGUCAAUUUAUCAAAGGUACAGAUGGCUUUGCUGGAGCAUUUGCAGAAUGCCUUUGUGGGAGUCCUAAUUUAUAUCAGGGAGGUGGAAGAAAACCAUGGAACAGUAUCAACUUUAUAUGUGCUCAUGAUGGGUUCACUUUAGCUGACUUGGUGACCUACAACAACAAGCAUAACUUACCCAAUGGAGAAAACAAUAAUGAUGGCGAAAAUCAUAACAAUAGUUGGAACUGUGGACAGGAGGGGGAAUUUGCCAAUGCUUCAGUGAGGAAAUUAAGAAAGAGACAAAUGCGCAAUUUCUUCCUUUCUCUCAUGGUUUCCCAGAGCAGUACAAUCCAGGAGAGCAAAAUAAGGGAAUUUCGCUGGAAGAAACAUGGAGAAGAGGAUAAUAAAAUGAUGUUGUGGGUGCUAGAACCGUUGCUGAAGAGUGGUUUGGUUAAUGAAUUUGUCUCUGCAACAACUGUUGCAGACAGCCCAGAAGAGAAGGAACCUGAAAUUAUUACAGCUCCUGAACCAUCAGAGGCAAUUCGGAAGGAAGUGGAUCUGGAAAAACAAGAAAGUCGUUUAGCUAACAAAACUGGAGUCAAUGGUGGAAGGGGCUUAUAGUAGACGAUGGGAUCAUUGUGUCCAUGGUGAGAGCAUGACUAUGAGUACAAACGGCAGCAGCAAUGAUGGGCUGCAGGGAAAGAUGAUGAUAAUGACGACAUAAACAGGAGUACCAAUUGGAUCUUGGAUUGACUAGGGUUAAUCUAAUGGGGAAGAAGCCCAAAAACAAUUUAACGCAGGGGACUUUGUUUGGCCUGUUAGAAUAUGCAAAUACAAGAUAUCAUAGAUUAGGAUACGCAUGGUUCCUCUGUGAUAGGUUAUAUAGGGUAGGCUAUGUUGAUAGGCUUUCAAUAAGUUAUAAUUAUCUAGGAUCAUGCUUUGUGUAUUAUAUCCCUCAGUUGAAAUAAUUCAUUAGACUUGCACUCUGAAUUAUUUUCUGUGAAAGAAUAUACACUCUGGAAUUGUUUUCCAUCAGGUAGAAAAAGUAAUGUGAACUUAAGCGACAGUGCCUGCUCAUAUAAUACAGAGAACCUUGAAGAAAUAUCCCACUGGAGGGAAUCCAGAAUUAAUUCCGUUCAACCGAACAUAUUUAGAUUACAUCACAAGAGUUUAUUUCCUUAAUUAGUUAACUAACUUGCCAGAUCAACUUUUUAAUAAUUUCCCAAAAUAGUUCCUAGCUGCCCUUACAGGCUACAUGUGCGGUCUUGUACAAUGUUUCCAAUCCCUUCAAAAGCGUUUUGACCUCGAGGUAGGAAUGCAGGUAACUUAUGUUGAAGCUCUAACCAUAUUCAGCAACCUAUACCAUAAUAUAAAGCCUAUUUUUAUCCUAGUUGAUAAGUUCGUUCCAUUCCAAAAUUGCCAAGGCUUCCUCAAGGAAACGACCAAUGGGAUAUGGUGCUGCGAUAGAAGCUUCAGUAUCCACACUCUAUUUUGAACUUCCACUCUUAGAUUCAACUAUAAUAUAUUCAGCUAGGAACCUUCACAUUUGUGAUUAUCUGUAUAUUUUUCAUUAUGACAUGCGUUAAGUAAUUUCUGUUGUUAGUUAUAUCUAUUUUAGUUCUUACACUUGAUUUCUAAUUUUUGUUAAACCCGCAAACUCGUCACUGCUUGCCUUCUUUGAAAAUGGCUUCUGGAUCACGAUUACUAUUUACUGACAUUUUUUAAAAAAA